GAAAAUGAAAAUAAAGAAGAAGCAAAUCUCUUUGAAAGCAUCACCACCAGCACCACCCUGUUUCUCUACUCCGUGAUUAAUUAACAUAAGGCAGGCAGGCGGCUGCAGGGGUGUUACAGAUCUCCAGCAGCAGCAGCAGCAGCAUUUUGGUUUGGUGUUAUGGGUGCGUACAGAGCAGACGAUGAUUACGAUUACCUCUUCAAGGUAGUCCUCAUCGGUGAUUCCGGAGUGGGUAAAUCCAAUCUCCUCUCCAGAUUCACUCGCAACGAGUUCAGUCUCGAGUCCAAAUCCACCAUCGGCGUUGAAUUCGCCACUCGCAGCAUCCGUGUCGAUGAUAAAGUUGUUAAGGCUCAGAUUUGGGACACUGCUGGCCAGGAAAGGUACCGCGCAAUUACAAGCGCAUACUACCGAGGUGCAGUUGGUGCACUGCUAGUGUAUGAUGUCACACGCCAUGUCACCUUUGAGAAUGUAGAGAGAUGGUUAAAGGAGCUUCGUGAUCAUACAGAUUCCAACAUUGUUAUCAUGCUCGUGGGUAAUAAAGCCGAUCUACGCCACUUACGAGCUGUCCAGUCUGAAGAUGCCACAUCAUUUGCUGAAAAAGAACACACUUACUUCAUGGAAACCUCUGCACUUGAAUCCUUGAAUGUAGAAAAUGCAUUCACUGAAGUUCUUACUCAAAUUUAUCAUAUUGUAAGCAGAAAAGCGCUCGAUGCUGGUGAUGAUCAGGCCACGUUGCCAAAAGGGCAGACAAUUAAUGUUGGCGGGAAGGAUGACGUGUCAGCAGUGAAGAAAGCCGGAUGCUGUUCUUCUUAGAAGGUGAGUUUUGAUCGAGUGAAUGAAAAUUGGAGUAUAAAUCAUAGCUUUAAUUGUUUCAUCAAAACCUUUGUUUCAUCUUGAUGUCUUUAAAUUGGUUUUUGUCAAGUGAUUGUGGCAUUCUAUAUGUAGUAAGAUUGUAUUGGUAUCUAUGUACUAUGAUUGAUUCAUUAGUUGUGUAUGUCUGAACCAAGUAGGUCUUUUUAACA